AUGACAGUCUUCUCUGUCAAUAUCACUGACUGUAUCUGUUGUCCUUUUCCUCACCUUUCUAUUUCUUGCUUCUUUUCUACUCCCCUUCUUCUUCGCUUUUUUUAUAUCUCUGGCAGACUGGGCUCCUGUAAAGAGGAGAUAAAGUCCUCCGGCAGGCCAGCCCCAAAACCAAUGUCCCCAUCUGACUUUCUGGACAAGCUGAUGGGAAGAACCUCCGGCUAUGACGCUCGCAUCAGACCCAACUUCAAAGGACCACCAGUAAAUGUCACCUGUAAUAUUUUCAUCAACAGCUUUGGAUCCAUUACUGAGACAACUAUGGAUUAUAGGCUUAACGUUUUUCUACGCCAGCAGUGGAAUGACCCUCGAUUGGCCUAUAGUGAAUAUCCUGACGCUUCUCUAGACCUGGACCCUUCUAUGCUGGACUCCAUAUGGAAACCUGACUUGUUCUUUGCUAAUGAAAAAGGUGCAAACUUCCAUGAAAUCACAACAGACAACAAGCUGCUGAGGAUCUUUCAGAAUGGCAAUGUGCUAUACAGCAUUAGGCUAACACUCAUCCUGUCUUGUCCCAUGGACUUGAAGAAUUUCCCAAUGGACAUUCAGACCUGUACCAUGCAGCUAGAAAGCUUUGGCUACACCAUGAAUGAUCUGAUCUUCGAGUGGCUUUCAGAUAGCCCUGUGCAGGUGGCGGAUGACUUGACUCUUCCUCAGUUUUUACUAAAGGAGGAAAAAGAUCUUGGCUACUGCACUAAACAUUACAACACAGGUAAAUUCACCUGCAUUGAGGUGAAGUUUCACUUAGAGAGACAGAUGGGCUACUAUCUCAUUCAGAUGUACAUACCCAGUCUGCUGAUUGUCAUCUUGUCUUGGGUGUCUUUCUGGAUCAACAUGGAUGCUGCCCCUGCUCGGGUGGGUUUGGGUAUCACUACUGUGUUGACCAUGACCACCCAAAGCUCCGGUUCACGAGCCUCUCUACCCAAGGUGUCCUAUGUGAAGGCCAUUGACAUCUGGAUGGCCGUUUGUCUGUUGUUUGUGUUUGCUGCAUUGUUGGAGUAUGCAGCAGUCAACUUCGUCUCAAGGCAACACAAGGAGUUCAUCAGGCUGCGCAAGAAGCAUCGAAGGCAGAGAAUAGAGGAGGAUCUUGUUCGGGAAAGCCGUGGCUUUUACUUCCGUGGGUACGGACUGGGCCAUUGCUUACAAGCGAAAGACGGGACAACUGUGGAUGGGUCCAGCGUAUUCACCCCUCCACCCCCAGUGCAAGUGCUGUACGACGGAGAGGCCAUUCGGAAGCGUUUUGUGGACCGAGCCAAGCGAAUCGACACCAUAUCCAGAGCCGUCUUUCCUCUCAGCUUCCUCAUAUUCAACAUCUUUUACUGGAUCACCUACAAAGUGCUGCGACACGAGGACAUCCACGCCAGCCUGUAAUCACUCCAUCUCUCCCGGUUAUGCCACUUGUUCAUCUUACUGCUUCUUUUCUUUUCUUAUAGCUCUUCAUUUAAACCAAAACCGCCUGUCAUACUCACCCUAGAAGUGUAUUUCAAAGGCACAUUCACCCAAGAAAUACCAUCAGUGCUAAAACCAUGUGCUCAGGUGUGACUUCUGGAUUUCAAAAAGAUUUUAAAGUGCCCACUCAGAGCGCAGAGGGCUCAAAGAUGCAAAUGCUGCUGUUGGG